CCCCCUCCCUCAGCCAGACCCCCCCCCCAGCGGGGUGACAACCCACCAGCAUGGAGGCCUCCUUCGGCCCCACCUUCUCAGCCGUGGUUCCUGGAGCUAAAACGGAAGCUUCCGGUACCUACAAGCAGCACCGCCGUACCCCCUCCUCCUCCAGUACCCUCACAUACUCGCCACGAGACGAAGAGGAUGGCAUGCUCCCCAUCAGCACCCCGAGGCGUUCUGACUCUGCCAUCUCGGUGCGCUCCCUCCUCUCUGAGUCCAACAUGUCUCUCCGCUCGACCUUCUCUCUUCACGAGGACGACGACGACACGGAGCCCCUGGUGUUUGCAGAGCAGCCGUCGGUGAAGCUGUGUUGUCAGCUCUGCUGCAGUGUCUUCAAAGACCCUGUCAUCACCACCUGUGGGCACACCUUCUGCAGGCGAUGUGCCUUGAACUCCGAUAAGUGUCCGGUGGACACGGCUAAGUUGACGGUGGUGGUGAACAACAUAGCUGUGGCAGAACAGAUAGGAGAGCUGUUUAUCCACUGUAAAUACGGCUGCCGGCUCUUAAACACCACCCCCACUUCCCCUAACGGGGGAGGGGCUUCCCCUGACGGGGCCGGAGGAGGCACUGCUGCUAGUCGGGGUGAAGGGACACCUAAGAUGGGAGGACCUGGGAACUUUGAGGUUGAUCCAAUGGGCUGUCCUUUUACCAUCAAGCUCACCACACGCAAGGAGCACGAGGUGAGCUGUGACUACCGUCCAGUGCGCUGUCCCAACAACCCCUCCUGCCCUCCUCUCCUCACCAUGAACCUGGAGGGACACCUUAAGGAAUGUGAACACAUCAAGUGCCCUCACUCCAAAUAUGGAUGUGCGUUUAUCGGUAACCAGGAUACGUAUUCCACACAUCUGGACCUGUGUAAGUUUGAAGGGCUGAAGGAGUUCCUGCAGCAGACAGAUGACAGGUUCCAUGAGAUGCAGGUGACCCUGUCUCAGAAGGACCAGGACAUUGCCUUCCUGAGGUCCAUGUUGGGGAAACUGUCUGAGAAACUGGACCAGCUGGAGAAGAACCUGGAACUGAAGUUUGAUGUCCUGGAUGAGAACCAGAGUAAGCUGAGUGAAGACCUGAUGGAGUUUAGGAGAGAUGCCUCCAUGCUCAACGAUGAGUUGUCCCACAUCAACGCCAGACUCAACAUGGGCAUCCUGGGCUCCUACGACCCCCAGCAGAUCUUUAAAUGUAAAGGAACGUUCGUAGGUCACCAGGGGCCAGUCUGGUGUCUGUGUGUCUACUCUACAGGGGACCUGCUCUUCUCUGGGUCCUCGGACAAGACCAUCAAGGUACACACACACACACACACACAACUGGGACACCUUAAAAAUCAGACAUUCUCAUUCUACCCACGCUGCCUCUCUGGUUGUCAGGAGAGCUCCCUCUCAUUCUACCCACGCUGCCUCUCUGGUUGUCAGGAGAGCUCCCUCUCAUUCUACCCACGCUGCCUCUCUGGUUGUCAGGAGAGCUCCCUCUCAUUCUACCCACACUGCCUCUCUGGUUGUCAGGAGAGCUCCUCCCUCUCAUUCUACCCACGCUGCCUCUCUGGUUGUCAGGAGAGCUCCCUCUCAUUCUACCCACGCUGCCUCUCUGGUUGUCAGGAGAGCUCCCUCUCAUUCUACCCACGCUGCCUCUCUGGUUGUCAGGAGAGCUCCCUCUCAUUCUACCCACGCUGGUUGUCAGGAGAGCUCCCCCUCAUUCUACCCACGCUGCCUCUCUGGUUGUCAGGAGAGCUCCCUCUCAUUCUAC